GUCUUUGACUUGCUGAAAAAGCUGUGUGUACUUGAAGAUAAAAACCAAAAGGUACGGGUUGUUGGCCUGCAGGAAAUUCCUGUAUCAUCUGCUGACGAUAUGAUCAGGAUGAUUGAGCAGGGGAGUGAACGCAGAACAUCUGGCCCAAAAUUUGCAAAUGCCCACUUGUCCCGUUCCCACGCCAUCCUGCAGAUUAUUUUAAGGCAAAAUAAAAUGCUUCAUGUGAAGUUCUCGCUGGUGGACCUGGCAGGGGAUGAGCGAGCCACAGAUGAACGCAUUCAAUCCCUUGGGCAGAACAGAGAACACAUCCCUUUCCAGACGAGUAAGCUCACUGAGGUGCUCUGAGACUCUCGCUUUUGGAUAUGAGAUGGGCCGUCUUAAUCUUUGUCAGCUUGAUCAUUAGAUGGUCAUGUGUCUCGCUGUGCAUUCCUGCUAACUGUGCUAAUAUCGGGUAUCUCCCUAUGCACUAUUGUCUUUAGCUGGUGUUAUAAGAGUGGUGUUAUAAGUUCGGGGUCCUGGACAUGAGCACAUGAUAAUGUCUGCUGGGUGGAUCUGUGGCAAAUUCCCCUUUUUUUGCCCAAACCUUAUUAUAAUUUCCUAAGGCUUUAAUUCCUAAACUGCAAAUGUCCUUUAGCUGAUUUUUUUUUAAUUAUUAAUGUUCUUUUGAACAUUACAGGAUGUUCUUUUAAAGCAACUAUAGAAAAUAAAGGUUAUUAUUAUUAAACUCAUGUUUUCAGGUCUUUGACUUGCCGAACAAUACGGAAAAGCUGCGUGUACUUGAAGAUAAAAACCAGAAGGUGCAGAAAAGAUACAGUCAAGAAAACAACAAGAGGACGCAAGAAAACGCCAGGCGAUGUACUACAAUCAUCACCAAAAAUCUCACUCCUUGCCCCCCUGCAGAAAGAUCAAAAGGUGUUUCUUGCCACAGAGAAGAUCUAUGGAACUGUGUACAAACCUGCUCAGACCCCAAGAUCGUACAUUAUUGGGACUGAUAGCGGGGUACUGCGGACAAACAGAAAACACCUUCGUCCCAUUGGAGGCGUUUCUAGAGCAGGCAGGGUUUAUUACAAAGCCCUAGAAAGACUGAAUUUAGAGUUCAACUGAGUAAGGGACUAAACGCAAGGACAGAUGGAUGAAUGAGAGUGUUGUUGAAAAAAGUGAGAAAGAUAAACGGGAAAUGUUAAUGUGUUGAGUUAAUAUAGGUUGAAUAUUAUAAUUUAGUUUUGAGAAUGGGACUGUUAUAUUGUGUUAAGAUAAGGUUAUAAUGUGUUCUUUGAAAAAGAAAAUGUCAAUAUAUGUUGUUGAAGAAAAGAGGCAUUACUUAGCUAAAAGGAGGAGGUGUAAUGGUAGGGACUUUAUUACCCAUGAGGCGCGAGGAGGGAAAGAUAAUAAAAUGUUAGGAGAUGUGAGUUAGACACGAAUGUGUCCAUUAACUGAA